UAGUGACGUGCAUGAAAGAAGGUCUCAGGGGAGUCAGGGAACUUUUUUUUUAUUUGAAGACUAUUAAGUGAUUAAUUAAAAGUAUUUGAGUGAAUUAUUGUUUUUAUUAGGCGUAUAAUAAUGUCCGUGAGCAGAGCGCGCGAGCUUCCGUUCCUGCCAGGAAACACAUUCCGGGACACAACGAGGUCAGCCUUCCACAGACCGCAGACUUUAUCCUAUAAGAACGGUUACGCUCUACCCACCCGGCCCCGAGUGGGGAUCGGUCAGCAGCCCUUACCCUCGGAAACGCUUCUCCAUAACGAGAUAAACCAGCUGUCCAUGCCAAUCUCCAUCGUCUCACAAGACACGUCCACAGACACUCCUCCAACCGAGUUCAUCCCAGCGCACGUCGCCUAUGACAAAAAGGUCCUACGUUUCUAUGGCUACUUCCAGGAGAAGGUGGUGGAUUCGCCGGAGGAGAGCUGGCGUGUGCGCCCGGUCGUGUUUUAUUACUACCUGGAGGACGACAGCAUAUGUGUGAUGGAGCCGGAGGUGGAAAACUCUGGACUGCCGCAGGGGAAACUGCUCAGACGCCAGCUCCUGCCCAAAAACGAGAACGGAGAACACUACCACUGGAAAAACCUGAACCUGGGGGUGGACCUGUGUGUGUACGGCACCGUGUACAGAAUCACAAAUUGCGACGGCUUCACCCAGGAGUUUAUGGAGAGUCAGGGGAUCGUCCUGAACGAACCUGAAUCGAUCCCCUGUGACCCCUACAUGACCCGCCGAGCUCAGGCCGACCGUGUGUUCAUUACACCGACAGAAUACGACCAACUCAAACAGUUCCUCACCAUGGACCGCAAGGUGCUGCGUUUCUUUGCCCUGCUGGAAGACUCAGACUUUCAGUACAUUGAGAAGAGGCGCGUGAUCCUGCAGUAUUACCUGGCGGACGACUCGGUGGAGAUCUGUGAGGUCCACGAGCCCAACAGUGGCAGAGACAUGUUUCCCCUGCUGCUGCGGAGACAGAGGAUUCCCAAAGACAUCAAACCAGACUGCCAGUCUUUCCCUAGCUGCGUUCUCGAAGUCUCCCCACAUGAAGUUGAUGAGUAUUACUCUCCAAAGGACUUCCGCCUCGGGGAGACGCUGAGGCUCAUGGGAAGGCACUUCCUGCUGUACGAUUGUGACGAGUUCACCCGGAAGUACUACGAGCAGCAUCACCCUGAGAUCCCUCUCAAGCCCGUCCUGCCGGAGAAGAAGCCCGAGCAGACGUGGAAGAGGUUGAUCCCUCCAUACAACGGCUUCGGGUCGCUUGAGGACUCGCUCCAGAACUGUCUGACUCUGAUUCCUGAGCCGCCCAAGAAAGACCUGAUUAAGCUGCUGGAAAAUGACCACAAAGUGCUGCGCUAUGCUGCCAGGCUGGACUCUCAGAAUCCCUACGACGAAGGCCGUCACUUCAUCCUCUUCUACUUCCUGUCUAACGACAUGAUCAGCAUCUUUGAGAAGCCCACGCGCAACUCAGGCUUCAUCGGAGGGAGAUUCCUGGAGAAGACGCGCGUUCCCAAACCGGGGAGCACGGUGGAAAACCCCGAGUACUACGGCCCGGCCGAUUUCGCCAUAGGAGCCACGGUGGAGGUCUUUAGAUGGCGGUUCGUUCUGACUGACGCCGAUCAGUACGUACUCAAUUACCUGGAGUCAGUGGCAGAACAGGAGCGGAUCCCCGAGCAGACCCUCGCAUCACUCCGGCAAGCUCUAGGCAAGAACCCAGUCUCGAGCGCAAACCCAGACCCGGAUCCAGAGCGGACGCACUCGUCCUGAAUCCUCAUCCUGUAACUACGUCGUGUUCUGACCUCCAGUAGGACAAAUUCUCUCGUAUUCUUCUCUACAUCCAGUAGUAUCAGGGAUGAAGACAUUUAUCAUCUAGACUGUUUUCUGUCCUGACUCCUAGAUGGUGGUUCUCUAGAUGUUCGUACAGCUGAGUCGCUGGCAUCUGAGACACAACCCCAAGAGCGUCCCUCAAAUGGCAUAAACGUAAAUGAAAAAUAAAUUGUGGAUCAUGUUUUUUCCAGUAUGUUUCAACAAACUGUCUUGAGUUUUUCCAUUGAAGCUGUAGAAAUAUGCAUGUAGAGGAAAUAAAGCCA